AUGUACAUAAAGUGUGUGGAUGGUCUCCAGCUCCCGGAAGUAUUGAUUUUUAACCACUACAAGUUCACCAGAGACAAUUUCGGCGACGCGAUUCUUGAAAAAUUGAUCGGAACCUGUGAAUAUAACCGAAGCGUCAUUAGUGGUCCAGGAAUAGACGAGACGAAGUAUGAGAAGAUGCAUGUUGAUUCAGUCGUUUUUUUGUGGGCUCGUGAUGAUCAGAUAACUACGAAACUACUGAGAAAAAAGUUGAGAGAAAUUGGGUCAAUUGGAUCAAGGAAAUCGCAAAUAUGCUCAAAAACGGUGAGAAACUCACUGGAAAUCUGCAAAUCGAGAACUCCAGCUUAUUCAAUUCUGGGAAUUUUCCAUGCUCGAGAACCCGGCUACGUUCCCAGUCAUUGGUCGUGA